GGUCUUACCUACGAUCCUUUUGAUCGUGACUGCGUCAUUGAACACAACAAGCUGAGAAGGCUCCAUGGCGCCCAGCCCCUCUCCUGGUCUGAAGCCCUCGCCGAGGACGCGCAGAAAUGGGCGGAAUAUCUUGCAAUUAACGACAAAAUCGAACAUGACGGAGAGAGUUUAGCCGAAAGAGACGAGGGAGAAAAUAUCGCUUGGUUCGUGCCACCUCAGCCUAAGUGCGAAGGACCUUGGAAACCGAAUUGUGUGACUUGCGCCGAGGUAGUACAAAACUGGUACGAUGAAGGAAAAAACUACAACUAUCAGCAAGGGGCAGCAAAAGAAUCUGGUUUACCAAUCAAACAUUUUGCACAGGUUAGACUGUUUGUAUAUUUUGUCAGUAUUAUAUUUUGCCUUUAUAUUCUCAAACAUUGACACUACCUGGGACAUGUGCUGUUCUCCAACCGUAGAACGGUCAAUAUCCAUACAGCUGUUCCACAUUUCGCUUAACUGAGACCACGAGGUUGACACAAAGUCCGAUUGUCAAAAAGGCGCCCGCAAUACAACAUGGCGUUAGUUUUACUAAAAUCUAUGGCGCGCGCGUCGAGUUUCACAUUGAAUAUUCGGUUAACAUGUGCAUAUGUAAAGGUUGAAAGCUUCGAGAAAGAUAACUACAUUUAUUUGUUCUAGGUUAUUUGGAAUGCAUCUAUGGAGAUUGGCGUCGGUAGCGCAAUCUCUAAAUCGUUUGGGUUUAUAUCAGUGGCACGGUAUUCUCCGAAAGGAGGGUCUGGUGGACCAGAAGCGUUCAGGAGAAAUGUGUUUUCUAAAGGUAUUAUGAUAAAGUGAAAUGAGACUAUGCUGAUAAUAUCCGACUUUUUAUAUGCAAAAUAUCAUGGUUUUGCUCAACUGCCUUUGAUGAUAUUAUCAUAAAUUAGCAUGCCAUCCUGAAUGGAAUAAUGUAAAUAUUCGGAACCCUCUGAAAAUGUCCUCAAUGGUUCCACCAUGACAAUGCCCUGAUUAAGACAAAAGAAGUGUUAGAUAAAAAUUAAUGCGGCUUUAGCUCGCUUUCUUGUGAGGACAGUUAUUGCAGCAACAAAAACAAAAUUUAACACUAAUACGAUCAAAACUCGCUAAGACAAAUGCCUUGGGACUGGGACUGUGAGUACGCCUUAGAGAAAUGUCCGUCUUAUAAAGAAAAGAAGUGUGACGUCACCAAAAUUCAAAUUUGUGGAAUUAUGGGACUGGCUAACAUAUACAGAAAGAACAAGAUGAAAAAGCCCCCUUGCCAAAAAUCAGCCUGUUAGUGCAAAUUGGUCAGGAGUGCACCGGUUUGCAGUGAUGACUCGUAACGAUCCAGGCCUCUUUUAGAAGGAUUUAUAUGGAGUCAUCGGAGCAUAACGUUGCCAAUAUCUCCUCUCUCCUGCUCCUCACCAAUGUGCACUAACAGGGUCAUUUUUGGCAAGGGGGCUUCUUCAUCUUUUUCUGAUUUCCACUUCUCUCUUAAAAUGAAACUUGCGUAGUUGUAUUCAAAUAGACACUAAAGUAGGGAUUCAGUUAUAACUGGUCAUGGGCGACCUUCCUGGUAUUGAAGAGUCCUGUCAUCUACAAAAAACCUCCUGUGAUAGUUACUAAACUGCUUUAUUUGUCUUUUCGUCGUUCCUUACAGGCACAUUACAAGAACCAAAUACAACUAGAGAAUCAGGUAUUACUUAAAUGUAACCAUCGGGAUCGGUUACAUAAUACACUUAAGAGACUACUUGUUUUUUACGGACAGCCCUAAAUCGAGGGAAAGUAUUAGAGCGAACCGUCUCCCAAUGAAUCAAUCAUUAGGCGUCUUGCAUCGCUCCAAAGAAAAUCUGAAGUGGACUGAUCUCUGUUUCCUUUUUUAAUAUCUGACAAUAAGGAUGAAAGAAGAAAUCAACCGUGAGCAACACUCCAUUCGAUACCUUUUGUCCGCCAUUUGGCUAUACUCUUGUUCGUUUGGAAAGGUCGUCUGCCCUAAUGUAGGUUUUACUGUAUUAGAACACAACUUAACGUAACAGGGCUUAAACAACCCGACUCUGCCGGAUUGUGUGAUUAUCGACCACAUUACACUGAUUGGCAUUUUGAACGGGACUAAAAAACCAACAUUUUUAAUUGAUAUUGAUGAAAAGUAAUCCUAAUAAAUGUACAGUUAAAAAGCCUUCCAGUUUAAUGAAAUGCGGUAAACCUGGCCCUUAGAGAAAAAAUUGACUUACGUUUUGGGAAAUGUAAUGGGAAUCUACGCAUCUGAGGAAAACAACCAUUUAUCGAACAUUUGUGUAUUAUUUUUCGCUUUAGAAGAAGACACGAUGAACUCAUCACCGACCGGUGAAGGUGAAAGCCUGGCUGAUGAAAGUAAGACACUGCAUGCACUAUAUGCGCCAUCACAAACUAAACAUAGCCCGAGAAAACAGCGGACAUUUCGCGACGUCACCACCAAUUUCCUCUCGAAGUGACGUCUGAGGAACGAGCGCAGAAAUUCCGUACUGAUGACGCGUCACUACCAAAAUCUGGAUAGUGCUUCUAAUUGGUUGAAGCACAUUUCCUUCACGUCAAGACCGAUCACAAGCACCCUCCAGAUCUUGUUAGUGGUGCCUCAUCAGUAUGAAAUUUCUCCAGUAGUUCCUCAGGUGUCAUUUCGCAGGGAAAUGUGUUUUCUCGGGCUAACUUAAUAAAGAGUGUCUUAUGCAUGAUUACGUCAGAGGAACUGCACCACCAAGCCUCGGUCGUUAGAAAAUUCCUCCCUUUAGUAUCUUUGUGCGUGGGAAUUCAUUCAUGCAAAACUUCGCAACAUCACAAUUAAAAAUAACAUAAUAUUGUUAAUAUUACUGCAUGUUUAUGAAGUAAAAUCUUCGUUCGUUAGAGUCCGCUGCCAAUAUUCGCCAUGCAUCAAUAGCAAACGUUCCUUCUUACAGAGGGGCUACAUUUCAUAGCGUGUGAGGGGCUUCUUGACAUGCAGAAAAAAAUAUAUAAAAUAAUCAAUAAUAAUAAUAAUAAUAAUAAUAAUAAUGAUAAUGAUAAUAAUGAUAAUUCUAAGAAUAAUAAAACCACGUCAAAAUUUCACCGGAAGUGAAUAUUCAUUUAAAUGGCCAAAUCUGCAUCUCGCUUAAAAUCUAAUCUCUUGUAUGUAUGUCUAUAGGGCUUACAGGGAGGCAAUGUGCGGAUCAUGCUGAUCCUACAUCCUACAUGUAUGAUCAUAAUUAUGGAUUAUCUAUUAUAAGAAUAGUCACGUGUUGGGGUGAUCUGCGCUGAUUGAAAUGUACACCGUAUGCAUGCGAGCAAAAUAAAGGAAUAUGUAGCGGGCGUAUCCUCUAAAAGAAAGCUUAACUUGACAAUUUAGUUUUGCCGUAGAGCUUAGCUGGUCAAAUUUGAAAAUUUCUAGGUGUUAGCUAUGAUCUUUUUGAUCGUGACUGCGUCAUUGAACACAACAAGCUGAGAAGGCUCCAUGGCGCGCAGCCCCUCUCCUGGUCUGAAGCCCUCGCCGAGGACGCGCAGAAAUGGGCGGAAUAUCUUGCAAUUAACGACAAAAUCGAACAUGACGGGGAGAGUUUAGCCGAAAGAGACGAGGGAGAAAAUAUCGCUUGGUUCGUGCCACCUCAGCCCAAGUGCGAAGGACCUUGGAAACCGAAUUGUGUGACUUGCACCGAGGUAGUACAAAACUGGUACGAUGAAGGAAAAAACUACAACUAUCAGCAAGGGGCGGCAAAAGAAUCUGGUUUACCAAUCAAACAUUUUGCACAGGUUAGACUGUUUGUAUAUUUUCUCAGUAUUAUAUUUUGCUUUUAUAUUCUCAAACAUUGACGCUACCUGGGACAUGUGCUGUUUUCCAACCGUAGAACGAUCAAUAUCCAUACAACCGUACCGCAAUUUCCACACCAAUUUGCUGUCUAAUUUCGCUUAACUGAGACCACGAGGUUUACACAAAGUCCGAUCGUCAAAAAGGCACCCGCAAUACAACAUGGCGUUAGUUUUACUUUUAACAUGUGCAUAUGUUAAGGUUGAAAGCUUCGAGAAACAUAACUACAUUUAUUUGUUCUAGGUUAUUUGGAAUGCAUCUAUGGAGAUUGGCGUCGGUAGCGCAAUCUCUAAAUCGUUCGGGUUUAUAUCAGUGGCACGAUAUUCUCCUAAAGGAGGGUCCGGUGGACCAGAAGCGUUCAGGAGAAAUGUGUUUCCUAAAGGUAUUAUGAUAAAGUGAAAUGAGACUAUGUUGAUAAUAUCCGACUUUGUAUAUGCAAAAUAUCAUGGUUGUGCUCAGCUGCCUUUGAUAAUAUUAUCAUAAAUUAGCAUGCCAUCCUGAAUGGAAUAAUGUAAAUGUUCUGAACCCUCUGAAAAUGUCCUCAAUGGGUCCACCAUGACAAUGCCCUGAUUAAGACAAAAGGAAGUGUUAGAUAAAAAUUAAUGCGGCUUUAGCUCGUUUUCUUGUUGGGACCGUUAUGGCAGCAACAAAAACAAAAUUUAACAUUAAUACGAUCAAAACUCCCUAAGACAAAUGCCUCUCUCUUAAAAUGAAACUUGCGUAGUUGUAUUCAAAUGGACACCAAAGUAGGGAUUCAGUUAUAACUGGUCAUGGGCGACCUUCCUGGUAUUGAAGAGUCCUGUCCUCUACAAAAAACAUCCUGUGAUAGUUACUAAACCGCUUUAUUCGUGUUGUCGUCGUUCCUUACAGGCACAUUACAGGAACCAAAUACAACUAGAGAAUCAGGUAUUACUUAAAUGUAACCAUCGGGAUCGGUUACAUAAUACACUUAAGAGACUACUUGUUUUUACGGACAGCCCUAAAUCGAGGGAAAGUAUUACAGCGAUCAGUCAUUGAGCGUCUUGCAUAGCUCGAAAGAAAAUCUGAAGUGGACUGAUCUAUGUUUCCUUUUUUUAUAUCUGACAAUAAGGAUGGAAGGAGAAAUCAACCAUGAGCAACAUUCCAUUCGAUCCCUUUUGUCCGCCAUUUGGCUAUACUCUUGUUCGUUUGGAAAGGUCGUAUACCCUAAUGCAGGUUUCACUGUAUUAGAACACAACUUAACGUAACAGGGCUUAAACAAUACGACUCUGCCGGAUUGUGUGAUUAAUUAUCGACCACACUAAAUUGAUUGGCAUUUUGAAUGGGACCAGAAAACCAACAUUUUUUAUUGAUAUUGAUUAAAAGUAAUGCUAAUAAAUGUACAUUUAACAAACCUCCGAGUUUAAUGAAAUGCAGUAAACCUAGCCCUUAGGGAAAAGAUUGACUUUAGUUUUGGGAAAUGUAAUGGGAAUCUACGCAUUUGAGGAAAACAACCAUUUUUCGAACAUCUUGUUUAUUAUUUUUCGCUUUAGAAGAAGACAUGAUGAACUCAUCACCGACCGGUGAAGGUGAAAGCCUUGCUGAUGAAAGUAAGACACUGCAUGCACUAUAUUUGUCAUCACAUACUAAACAUAGCCUGAGAAAACAGCGGACAUUUCGCGACGUCACCACUAGUUUCCUCUCGAAAUGACGUCUGAGGAACGAGCGCAGAAAUUCCGUACUGAUGACGUGUCACUACCGAAAUCUGGGUAGUGCUUCUACUUGGUUGAAGCAUAUUUCCCUCACGGCAUGACCUAACACAAGCACCCUCCAGAUCUUGUUAGUGGUGCCUCAUCAGUAUGGAAUUUUUCCAGUGGUUCCUCAGGUGUCAUUACGCAGGGAAAUGUGUUUUCUCGGGCUAACUAAAUAAAGAGUGUCUUAUGCAUGAUUACGUCAGAGGAACUGCACCACCAAGCCUCGGUCGUUAGAAAAUUCCUCCCUUUAGUAUCUUUGUGCGUGGGAAUUCAUUCAUGCAAAACUUCGCAACAUCACAAUUUCACAACGUCAAGAUUGCCGGUGAAAUUUGCUCGUCUGGUUAGGAUGGAUUAAAGUUAGGGAAGGCUUCUGCGCCCAGCAGCUUUGUAGGGCUAGUAUGGGCACUUUCCAUUUUUCAAAAAAGUCUGGAUAUUCUGGUUUGGAUGUAGUGAAUCACAAAUCUUGCGGCGAUUAUCACUUUUACUCUAAAAGGUAUACUUGGUUUACGUAAGACUGCUUCAGGGUUUGACCAGGAACCCCAAAAUCACCUAUAAUUUAUCUGGUGUCGCAAAAUAUAGUUGUCCAAACCUAGUAGUUUUUUUAUCAGACAAAUAUAAAAAGGAUGCCGCACUUCUGCCUAGCAUAAGUUUAGUUAGGAAUUCAAGCUCUCUAAGAAUAGACAAGUUAUCUUUGCGUAUUCUUUUUGCCUAUAAGACGGAUCCAUCCCAUUGAAGUUGUGAAGCUCCAAUUCUCAGAAUCAAGGGAAUUAUAGCGACGCACGCUUAUAAUAAAACCAUUGUCGCUCAUGUUUAAAAUAGGAGGGGGGGAGGGGGGAAAUAAGAAAAAUAGACUUAAUUUGGCUUAUCUACUAUGCUGUUGCAUGUAUGUCUUCUUUUACUUAGGCAUUAAUAUAAUUGUCACUUUCAGAAAUGGACAAUCGAGAAAUGGAGAAAAAACCCUUGGAAGAUAUUACGUGUGGAAUAGUCAAGAGAGGGGGACCAACUGGAGACGAACCCGUUAAACCUGGUGAAUUUCCCUGGGAAGUAGGCUUCAGAUAUCAAAACCGGUUUGGCAAGUCAAACGUGUUUUGUCGUGGAUCUUUGUUGGAUAGAGAAUGGAUUUUGACAGCCGCACAUUGUUUUGUGGUCCGCGUAAAUCCCAAAUUUAAGCUGAAAGUUAUCCUGGGUGAAUUUGACGAUCAAAAUGAGGAAGGCCAAGAGGUGGUUGCCGAGGCUGUCAAAGUUAUAAGACACCCAUUGCAUAGAAGAAACACGAAAGAUUACAAUAUCGCACUAGUGAAACUAAAGACGCCGCUUAAGGAAUACAACGAUUACAUGAGACCAAUAUGUUUGCCCGAUCAAUCUGUGUCAUUUUCCGGGGGAGAAAUUUGUACAGUGACGGGAUUUGGUCUUGAUUAUUCUGCAGGGACACUUCGUAGGAUCGAUGUCCCCAUAAUUUCGCCCGAUGAAUGCCGAAGGAAUGUCCGUUGGUUAACUGAUAGUAUGUUAUGUUCAGGGUACACCGAGAGAAUUCUUGAUACUUGUAAAGGGGACAGUGGCGGGCCUUUAGCAUGCUACGUUAAUGGGAAGUUUUAUCUUGGGGGAAUUGUGAGUCAUGGUAAGAGGUGCUCAAGAGUCCGAUCUCCAAAUAUUUACACGAACGUAAAAUAUCUCAAACCUUGGAUCAUUCAUGUCACCAAAAACUACUGA